AUGAGUGGCAUCCACCGGUUUCUUGCCCGACGCGAUCGGCACGGCCGACAUGAGAAGCAUGGCAAAGAGGAGUCGUCUCUCCACAUGCUUUCCAAGCCUCUCUUUCAGGGCUUUUUCACAUCGGAGGUGAUUCCGGAGAACGGUCCAGAACACAAGAAGAAGGUCAAAGAGCUAGAACGUCGCAUCAGAGAGAUUGGGAUCGUGGGUCUGAGAGAAGAGAAUUGCAGCUAUGCCUUGCUAUCCACCCAAGGGGAUCUAGACAGGGCAUUUCUCUCCCUGAUCCUGCUUGAGGAUUCCAUCGAGGGCAUCAUCAGACCCUACUCUCCUACCACCAGACUCCUUGGUGCAGAGAACCGUGAAGGGGUCACCUGCUGGCUGGACUCGCUGCUCUUUGCCAUGUUUGUGCGUCUGGAUUGCUUUGAGGCCGUCCUGUACAAACAGUUCCCGGAGGAGCCGCGCAACAAGCUAGCCGUCCUGAUCCGGUACUGGGUGAAUAUGCUGCGAUCCGGGCAGCUCAUCACUACAGAUAUCACCAAGCAUCUGCAGAAUACCCUUGCCGAGUGCGGCUGGGCCGCAGCUGGUGAGCUGCGCCAGCAGGAUGUCUCUGAAGCCUUUACCUUCAUCACGGGCAAGCUUGAACUGCCUCUUCUCACCUUAAUGAUGAGCAUCUAUCACUGGGGGAAGACAGAUCUGAGCAGCGAUCACAAGUUCAUCAAUGAACGGCUGCUUGAAGUGGCUAUCCCGCCUGAUCGUGCCGAUGGGCGGACUCUUACCCUAGAAGAUUGCUUAGAGGCCUACUUCAAUAACCGGAUCGAAGUGAAACGGUAUCUUGAGGAGAAUUGGGACAGUCUUCUCAGCUCAGCCGAAUCGACAGAAUCUCUUUCGAAGGGAUCCUCCGCACACAUUGAGGAAGUUACGGGAACAAUGACUCCGACUCCUUCCAACAGUCCGCAGCCUCCCAAGGCAUCUCCACCGUCGUCGGCCGCUGGGAUGGAUGCGACUGGCACGGCCACUCGGACUCUCCCUCGUCGGGACAGCAUCGUCCGCGAAAGAUUUAUUCCUGACCCCACCGAUGAAAAGGCUGAUGCUAAAAGGCAUGGGCCACAGCCCCGGAAGGGUAGUUACCGCAAGGAGGUCAUGAUGCCUGCGUGGCAGUUCUUCAGCCUCAUUCCUUGGUACACCGAUAACACACCGACCAAUGACGCUCAGGUCGCCGACCACUUUUCUUCUCAGAGACCAAUCCUCGGCAUCUGCUUGAAGCGUUACUCCUACCUGCCAAAUGGGCGAGCCAUACGUCUGAAUACCUUCAUCGACAUCCCCACCGAGAUCGGACUUCCAUGUUUCAUCAAGGAUGACAAACUUGGCGAUCAAGAUACCCGUCUGUAUGGCAACUUCAAGCUCUCCUUGCAAUCCAUGGUCUGCCACAGAGGUAACUCGGUGGAUUCCGGGCACUACAUUUCCAUCGUCAGAGGGACAACUGCCGAUUCCUAUCCCGUGGGCGUGGAACCGGGCAGGUUCUGGAUACGAUUUGAUGACCUUGCCGCUGAACGUGUGACGCUUGUCGAUAUUGAGGAGGCCAUGAAGACGGAGUCUCCCUAUCUACUCUUCUAUCAGAUCCUUCCCAUUGCCGAAGAUGCGUCGACCUCCUACUUCCAAAACAGACACCAUGCACCAUCUUCGCAGGCGUCGGAGGACGCGAUGGUGGAUCAGAAUCUGGCGGAUGUCUCUGCGAACUUGCUCGCCUUGUCGGAUAAUGACAACAAAAACACUGAUGGCCACCACACCGAAGAGCCAACCUCUGGUCGACCCAGUCUCGAAGUGACGGCUCCAAACAGUCCCACGGCCCAGCUGAUGAGGAAUCUAAAUCGACGACCUGGCGUAGUUUUCUCGGAUCGCACCAGCCCUCGCCAAGCACGCUCGAUGCCGUCCACCUCGCCUCGACUAGCGCCCACCACCGAAGAAGAAGGCAACAAGUUCUCGUUCUCGCGACGUGGAUCCCGUUCGGCGACGAAGAGUCAGUCCGGAAGCCGUGCAGCUAGUCAGUCAGGCGAGAAGCGCCUAAGUUCCACAUUUUCUCGCUUUGCCGGGCGACUUAGCAGAGACAAGAUCAGCAGCGAUGGGUCGGCUGCGGACAGCGAGGUCGAUGAGUUGGCUCUGGACAGUGAUGAGGCAAUGCCUGGCGACGUAGCUAUCCAUUCUGAGGGCAGGGCCCAUUCCAAGGAAUAUGACCGCUUCAAAGAGAAGAAGGAGAAGGGUAAGGAGAAGAAGCUGGAGCGGGAGUGCCUGGUGAUGUGA